GUCAAAUACCCCGACGAUUGCUGUCCUCAAAGCUGUAUGAACCUCUGCAAAUGUUUUCAAUUCAUUGAGACUACAAAAGUCGGUCAGACCUGGUGGGCGUUCAGGAGAUGCAUGUUCGAAUUGGUUGAGAACAACUACUUUGAAACUUUCAUCAUCGUCAUGAUUCUCUUAAGCAGUUUAGCUUUG